CAGAAAACGAAGACUUACGUUGAAAGAUUGACUGGUUACCUUGAUCAAUGGCGCACUCACGUUUUCAAUGAAAUGAGAGCAGGUGUAACCAAAUGUCGUCCACUGUGGGACAUCGCUAAUAGCAUUAAAUUACUAAUGUGCCAGCACGUCCUAGGUCCACUGAACGGAUGCUGGUUCGUCACUGUUUUAUGCAUCCUGGUAAUGAUGCUCAGUACACCCGUCGCUCAUACCCUAGCCGCAGUGUAUCGACGUGACUCCAAAAAAAUCGAUGACUUUCCCUCUGGAAUAAUAACACCGCCUGAUACUCAGAGCAUCAACAGAGACACCUGGCGAACACCUGUACCUCCACCGCCGCAGGGAAAUUGGGUAACUAUAUAGGACUGAUUGAGCCUCAAGGGAUGAGAUAAAUCAAUACAAGGGGAGUAAGGGAAAAAAUGAGGACUCUUCGGGAGUAAUGGAGUGUUAAUGACUGAAAUAUCUUCAAAUAACUUCAACCGUAUGGAAAUAUUUCACUGACAAACUUGGCGCAUUCUUCUAGUCAUU